CAUAAGGGCAUCCUGCAUAUGCUAGGUUAAUAUUUACUGAUGUGUUAAUGUAAUAAUGACCCAUCUGCCUCUGCUCCUCUCUGGGGCACUUUCUAUCUAUAGGGAUGGAAAUUAAUGACAGUCUCUGUGCUGCCUGAUGUCAGAGCUGAGAAAGGUGUGAAGGGUAUAUAAGAGCUGUAUUACUUGCCAGGCAGGAGGGGGGGGGAAAGGGAUACUCCAGAGCCAGAUGCAAGUGUGGAAUUGUUGCUGCUAAUACAGACGUGUACUGAACUUCAUCAGUUCAUUCUUUGACCACUAAAGAAACCUUAGGAAGGAAAGAUGUGCAACCUAAAGCUGCCAGUUGUCUUCAUUGUACUCUCUGUUACUUUAAGUUACCUGGAAGCUACACCUAUAGAAAGAAUAUUGUCUGUGGCUGAUGACCUAUCUGACGGGACUUCCAACAGACAAGGAUGGAUAUUGCCGAUCAUGUCAAGGAACACACUCUUGGGACUUAGUGAGGGAAUGCCAAAACAGGCAGGAAAGCCAAAAAGUCACCGCUUAGAGAAACGGAAAUGCAACACUGCUACGUGUGUGACGCAACGCUUGGCUGACUUUUUAGUUCGUUCUAGCAACCACAUCGGGGCAAUUUAUUCACCUACCAACGUGGGAUCCAAUACAUAUGGCAAGAGGGAUAGAGUUGGGCUUUUAAACAGAGAACCCCUAAGCUAUCUACAGCUUUAGUGCAUUUAAUAUGAACUACUGCUGUAAAUUUCAUUAGGAGUUCCUCCCCAGUUUUUAUGUAACCUUUUAGUCAUUUACUACCUGUACAUUCUUAACAGUGCCUUGUUUUCUUUGUGUGUGUGUGUGUGUGUGUGUGUAUGUACAUGACUCACAUUUAUCAUUUUACUAUGCAUGUAUGCUGACAUGCAUAAUCUAUGGUUCUGAUUUCACAAAGAAUUUGUAAAAUCUGCUUGUGAAUUUCCUUUGUAAAAAGAAAAUAAAUCAAAAAAAUAAACUGAACUGUAAUUGCUACAGGUUUAUUUAAUUAAAAAAGGAUUUAAAAGACAA